GAUUAGGGCAUUAGCGAUCUCCUUCUCUGUCUCCCUCUCUCUCUCUCAAGAGUCUGAUAGGAGGAGGAGAGAAGCUAGGUGAGAACAGAGAUGGGGAUCCAGGGUCUUCUGCCGCUGUUGAAGUCGAUCAUGGUGCCGAUCCACGUAAAGGAGCUGGAGGGCUGCUCCGUCGCCGUCGACACCUAUUCUUGGCUCCACAAAGGCGCUCUCUCUUGCAGCAAGGAGCUCUGUAAUGGCGUCCCCACCACCAGGCACAUAGAGUACUGCAUGCACAGAGUGAAUUUGCUACGGCAUUAUGGAGUUAAACCAUUUCUUGUUUUCGAUGGAGGUCUCCUACCGAUGAAAAUUGAACAGGAGAACAAGCGUGCAAGGUCCAGGAAGGAAAAUCUUGCUCGUGCUAUUGAGCAUGAGUCAAAUGGAAAUAGUGCUGCUGCUUAUGAGUGCUAUCAAAAAGCAGUAGACAUCACGCCUUCCAUGGCACACGAGCUAAUCCAGGUCUUAAAGCAGGAGAACAUUUCUUAUGUUGUUGCCCCUUAUGAGGCGGAUGCUCAAAUGACUUUCUUGGCAGUCAGUAAACAGGUCGCUGCCGUAAUUACAGAGGACUCGGAUCUUAUACCAUUUGGCUGUCCCAGAAUAAUCUUCAAGAUGGACAAGUUUGGCCAAGGUGUUGAGUUCCAGUACUCCAAGCUACAACAGAACAGGGAACUCAGUUUUGCUGGAUUUACUAAGCAGAUGAUUCUUGAAAUGUGCAUAUUGAGCGGUUGUGACUAUUUGCAAUCACUCCCUGGCAUGGGUCUGAAAACAGCGCAUGCACUCAUCAAAAAAUUCAGAGCUUAUGAUAAAGUGAUUAAGCACUUGAAAUAUACCAGUGGUUCAGUUCCUCCAACUUAUGAAGAGUUAUUCCGAAAGGCCAUUUUGACUUUCCAGCAUCAAAGGGUCUAUGAUCCGAUUAGUGAAGCCAUUGUACAUCUAUAUGAUAUAUCAAAUGUUGCUGAUGAUGAGUUGGAGUUCCUAGGACCGUCGAUACCACAACAUGUGGCCAGAGGUAUUGCAGAAGGUGAUCUUGAUCCAUUUACCAAGGUGCCAUUUCAGGGCAGGGAUGUUAGUGCCAUGGUGAUUGAGAAAACACAAUAUCUGAAACUUUUCAAGCCAAAAGGUGAAAAGAAGAAGCUAGACUUACCUGCGCAGAAGAAUGUUCUGACAAAAUAUUUUUGCUCGGCAUCUCUCGAAACAAAGAGGGAUUUCAAGGCUCCUAGGGCUACCUCUAACCAGUCAAGUCCAGUGGAUAACCUUUCUCAGAGUUUCAGCGAACAAGAUUCUGAGGAGGCUCUGGCUGAUAUGAGCCAUUGUCAACUGUCUCAGCCCCAUGAAGACGAAGAUGGUUUCACACGAGAAAUUCCAGAGGCAACAGAAUCAAUGGAAAGUGGUGCACUGGACGAGGUUGGAAGACCAGGAGUCUCGUUACUACAACAAUCCAGGCUUCCGAUUCAUAAACCUUGUGUGUCAUUGAAGGAGCAUCAACCCAAAAGCCCUAUAGACAGAGUCGACGAAAAAACAAGGAAAGAGGACAAAAAGCAUAUUGUAAGGAGUUCCUACUUUAAGCAUCAGCUAGUGAAUGAAACUGAUAGAGACAAGGAGAGAAAUAACCCGGUUGGAAGUGAUCCCACAAGUGUAGGUGAGACUUUAUGUGUGAAAGGAAUUAUCAUAGAAAAGAAGACCUACCCUGAUGACAAGGGCGAAAAUGUAGGUGUAAACAGCAUCGAGGAAAAAACAAGAACAGACAACAGAGAGGUCAUCGUAAGGAGCUCUUAUGUCAGGCAUCAUGCUGCGAAGGAAACUAAUAGACAUAACGGGAAAGAGAACAUCCUGGUUAAAUGUGAUCUACCAAUCAGUCUUGGUGAGACUGACUUUAGGAAGCGAGUGAUCACAAAGGGGAAAAUCUCCCUUGAUGAUGUAAAGCAAAAAGUAGGUGUAAAUGGAAUUGACGAAAAAGCAAGAAGAGAGAACAGAAAGGUUAUUAUAAGGAGCUCCUAUUUCAAGCCUCAGUCUGCAAAUGAUAUCGAUAAAGAUGAUGAAAAAGAAAACAUCCCGGUUGAAAGUGAUCAUCCCCUCAGUCUAGGUGAGACUGACUUUUUGAAAGGUAGGGUCAUCAAGAGGAAGACCUUCCUGGAUAGCACAGUGGAAAAUGAGAGCUCAAAACAAAAGCGUACGCAUGUGGAGGGUUCUCUUGUCGAUGAUGGUGAUCGUGCCCCUGGAUUAGACAAGUCAUUCAUGGGUUCUGAAGAAAAAUUUGGAGCUGACAUCUCCCAUUUAGGCCGCUAUUCUGACAUAGCAGAAAAAUCAUUAGAGAGAUUCGUCUCGGUAAUAUCGUCAUUUAGAUUCACCGGUUCUGGUUCUCGUGCCAGUGGUCUCCGUGCUCCUCUGAAGGAUGUGCACAACACAUGUACGGAUAGUAGGUCUACUGCCGUCCCAGAUUUCAGUCAAUUUGCAUAUGUGGCGAAGAACAAGAUGCCUAUGAUUCCAACCCGCAGGAGCUGAUCGUGGGCAGUGUAUUCUGAUGUAGAUUGUUGCAUCUUCCUAACUCCUAGUCAAUACAAUGGUUGCAGCUGUUAUGUUGCCCAGGCAUGGCCAACCAAAGUGAACACUUGCUUGUGUUUUACAAUUAUUUGUGAAGUGUGCUUGUUCUAAUCCGUUGCCAUCCAACUGUUAUCAGCAGGGUCGAUCCAGUAACAUGUUUUGCACUAGUCAAAAUCACCAACGACGUUGCUAUCCUUGCGAUCAUCUUCAAUACUGUACAUCAAGUUGGUACUCCCUCAUAUCAUGCCCUCUAAUUGAAGAAAGCUCGAGCAGUGGGGGGAUCACAUUGAGGUUGAUAUUCUGUUUUUUCCCUAAAUGUAGGUUCAUUGAUUUUGUGGAAGAUCCGUUUCAUCAGGUUGAACUAGCAUUCUAAAAUUGCUAGACACUGUUCGUUUAGAUUUUGAUUUCUGGAUCACUUGGUUGGGAAUCAUCUUUUGGAUUUCAUUCUGGAAAGGCUCAAAUAUCUUGUGCCACAUGGUUCUGAUGGACCGGUUUUAUGUGAUCAGUUUUGCUUUCCCCAUUACCCGCAGCGAUGUGGGAUUCACAAUAGGAUUAUCUGCAGUUUUUGCAGGGAAUUUUUUUGAGGAAUAUGUAAAAUAUCGGCAUGACAAGGAUUGGCUAUUCAUUCUCUUUCCCAUUUUAUCUGAAUGCCUUGAGGUUUGUUUAU